AGUUUCUCAAUUACUAAUAAUGAUCACAAGCUAGACAUAACUGUUCUUUGCUCUGGCUCUGAACCGUCUCUUACCACGGCGCCGCAGCUUUGGGCAGUGGUAGGGAAGGUGUACUGGCCCUUGCCUGGCUUUCCUACACGGGCAACAAGCACUAUAUUGAAAUCCCAUAGUAGUGCUCGCUACGAUGGCGGACGCAAGGCCGCAAAGUCCGAAGCCAUGUCAACGGAAAGAGGGAAAGGCGAAGGGCCUACUAAAGGAGCAGCUUGAGCUGGUGAAAAUUAGGCUUGAAGAUGGGCGAACACGCUACUCGAUCAAGCCAAUUGAAGAAACACUGAGCUUCGACAAGGGGUUCUAUGUGUUCGUUCGGGCGCUGCAAAUGCUCAAGGCCAGCAACACGGGCACGGUCGUGGUGGGCAUUGCCGGCCCCUCCGGCUCCGGCAAGACCGCCUUCAGCGAGAAGAUCAAGACGCUGAUGCCGGGCGUGGCGCUCAUCAGCAUGGACAUGUACAACGACGGAACCAAGGUCAUCGACGACAACUUUGAUGACCCCCGCCUUACCGACUACCAGCUGCUGCUGCAGAACCUGGCGGACCUGCGGGACGGCAAGGAUGUGCAGAUCCCCAUCUACGACUUCCGCUCCUCCCGGCGAGUGGGCUACCGCCCGCAGCCCGUCCCCGAGGCUCGCGUGGUGCUGGUGGAGGGCAUCUACGCGCUCAGCGACCGGCUGCGGCCGCUGAUGGACUUGCGCGUGUCCAUCACCGGCGGGGUGCACUUCGACCUGGUGAAGCGGGUCAUGCGCGACAUCCAGCGGUCGGGGCAGGGGCCGGAGGAGAUCAUACAGCAGAUCACGGACACCGUGUACCCCAUGUACAAGGCCUUCAUCGAGCCCGACCUGCAGACCGCCCACCUGCGCGUCGUCAACUCCUUCAACCCCUUCUCCGGCUUCAUGAACGCCACCUACAUCCUCAAGUCCAAGCGGGUGCCGCUGCUGGAGCGGGUCACGCAGGCGCUGCAGUCCCACGGCCACGUGUCUCAGCGCAAGGAGGUGGACAUCUACGACAUCUACCUGCUGCCGCCCAACGAGGACCCCGAGACCUGCCAGUCCUGGCUGCGCAUGCGCAACCGGGACGGGCGCUACUCGCUGAUGUUCGAGGAGUGGGUGUCGGAGGGGCCAUUCAUCAUCUCGCCGCGCAUUGCGUUCGAGGUGGGGGUGCGCAUCCUGGGCGGCCUCAUGGCGCUGGGCUACGAGAUCGGCACCAUCAUGAAGCGCACCUCCACCAUCCUCUCCGUCAGCCCACACCCGCCAACACCCGCGGCAGCGGCAGCAGCAGCCGCUGCGGCCGCGGCCGCCGCCGCUGCCCCCGACUCCGCCGCCCCGGACGCCGCCGCCGCCGUGGCCUCUCUCAUGGUGUUGGACCCUCCCCCCACACCUGCUCGGGGUGCUGCAGCUGCUGCAGAGGAGCUGAUUGUGAAGCUGGACGAUGUGGGGGGGUUGGGGCGCUUCGUGCAGAUCCUGGGCAGGGACAGGGAGCGCGUGGCGGCGCUGGGGCGGGAGCUGGGGCUGGAGGGGUCUUACAUCCCCCGCUCGUACAUUGAGCAGGUGCAGCUGGAGCGGCUGACGGCCGAGUUCCAGACGGUGACUGAGGACUGGAAGCGCAAGUUCAGCACACGGAGCGGCGAGGUGGUGAUGCCCGACAGCGUGUCCGGAAUGACCUCCCCCACCCGCAUAUCGCAUGGCGGCAACCACGGAAGCAACGCAGCGGCGGCGGCAUUCAGCCGCGCCCUGCCGUACCACCCCAACGGCCCCGCGCUGUCCACGUCAGCGCCCCUGUCCAAGCCCGUCAGGAUUCCCUCGCCGCCCAGCGCCAACAGCCGUCAGGGCAGCCGAGUGGGCAGUGUGCAGCUGAACGGGGGCCUGCUGGCGCAGCAGCUGGCGGCAGCGGCGGGGCACCAGGGGACACCCCGGGCGGAGGGAGGCGGGGUGAGCCUCAAUGGAGCCGCGCAGCACGGCACCAGCCCCGCCCCCGCGCCGCAGACCGCCAUGAUCGCCGCUCUCAAGGAGCGGCUGGAGGAGAUGGGCGGCAGCAGCUCGGAGCAGAUCAGCACGCUGCAGGCCCAACUAAAUGCGAUGGUGGAGCAGCACCGCGAGACCAACCAGCAGCUGGCCCAGCUGGCCGCCGCCACCUCGCAACUCGCAACCAGCGUGCAAGCCGCCCUAGCAGCCGCCUCCUCCGCCUCCGCCUCCGCCCCCAACACCGCAGCAGCAGCAACACCCUCUGACACCACAACCGCACCUUGCGGCACCUCGGGUGCGGCGGAGCUAGCCCAGCAGCAGCAGCAGCAGCGGCGCCUGCGCCGCUGGCGCCGGCUGCAGCGGCGGCGCCGCUGCAGCUGGUUGCUGUCCGUACAGCGGUGGUGGUGGGGUCGGUAAUGUAGCUGGAGUAGUGCCCCCGGCGGGUGCGGGUGCGGGAAUGCAGCAGUGGCUGAGCUCGCCUGUGG